GGACAUGCCCUGGAUACAACUUGGAGAGUUUGACCCAGCGUCAACUUUGACUCCACCCCCAGCUGCCUUUCCAGAGAAUAGCACAGCCGAGCAGAGAGCAAGCAUGAGGUUUGGCGUCAGUGGAAAUGCGGUCUUCACCGGCGGGGCAGGGGCACUCGCUCUGGCAUCUGCCCGAGCCCUUCUCGAACACGGUCUAUCUGGACUCGCCCUGCUAGACUUACCAGCGGCACUGGAAAAGGGAAAGUCGGAUAUUGACUCGCUGCGUACAGACUUUCCCACUGCGAAGGUUCUAGCAGAGUCGUGCGAUGUUACCGAUGCAGAUGGGAUGCGUGAGGUCGCACAAAAGGUUAGAUAUCAGCUGGGUGAUCUGAAUAUUCUGUGUUGCUUUGCGGGGAUGGUAAAUUGCAUUGCAUCCGAGGAUAUAGCUAUUGAACAGUGGAGGCGUGUGAUGGAUGUGAAUACGACGGGAUCGUGGAUAGCUGCACAGGCAGUUGGAAAGCACAUGAUCAGCAGCGGACGAGGUGGUAAAAUUGUCCUGAUCGCCUCCAUCAGUGGCCACCGAGUCAACUACCCACAGCCCCAAAUCGCCUACAACGUGUCUAAAGCUGCGGUGCUGCAUAUGCGGAGAAACCUUGCUGCAGAAUGGACCCGGUAUGGGAUUCGAGUCAAUUCUAUCUCACCGGGAUAUAUGGAUACUGUUCUCAACGAGGGAGAGGAUCUUGCUCCAUGGCGACAGAUAUGGGCGGAACGCAACCCUAUGCGUAGGAUGGGAUCUCCGCAGGAAAUGACGGGACCAGUUGUGUUUCUCUGUAGUGAUAUUGGGGGAAGCUAUGUUAAUGGGGCUGAUAUUGUUGUCGAUGGUGGUGGUUUGGUAUUUUGAUCAGAUCAAUCUUAAAACAAAACGAGCAAUAAAUAUUCAAAUUUUUGAUACUCUCAAUCC